GGCGCUAAAAGUCUCAAGCCCGCGUGCCGGUCAGCUGAGCACCGUGUGGGGAGGGGGAGUGCGCGCAGUGCUGAAGAGGAGCUCGAGCUAGUGCGAAGUGGCAAAAUGGCGAAGAACGAGGGAGCGACGCGGCCCAUGGAGCUCGUGUGACGGAUGCGGGCCAGCGGGCUGUCUGCCUGGACACUUUUGUGUACAAGAACGACAUGUUGAUGGGGGUCUCUCUGGGGCACAGCAGCACCCCCCACAGGGGCAAGGAGGGAGAAGAGUGGAAGCACUCGCACAAGGACUACGGCACUAUUGGCUGGGAGUUCAUGGCAGAAACCUUAGACUGCCCUACCUGUCGAGGGACCGGGCGCAUCCCCCGAGGUCAGGAGAACCAGCUGGUGGCAGUCAUUCCUUGCACGGACCAGAGACUGAAACCGCGACACACGAAGCAAUACGUGUGCUUGUCUGUGGUGCUCUGCCUCGUGGUCUGCUUUCUUGUCCUUUUCUUCCUCUUUCCACGGAGCAUGUCGCUGUCCCCCAUUGCCAUCAAAUCCGUCCUGGUGUUCUUCACGCCGGACGCGGUCACCAUGACCAUCAUGAGUGUCCUGAACAUCUCCAACGAGAACUUUGUGACUGUGGAGGUCCGUAAUCUUGACGUGCAAGCUCUGAUCGUUGACACCGUCGUUGGCAAGGCCAGCAUUGGCAACGUUACCAUUGUGAAGCCACGGUCUCGGACAGAGUAUACUUUCGACAUUCCUGUUUCCAUAGAGGAUGCUGGGCUCAGCUCUUACUGCAAAUCAACCUCCAUAAAGAUUCGAACCUUGUUUUUCCAUUUGCAGAUCAUGAUGAGGGUGUUCUAUCUCGCUCACUCGGAGCAGUUGUCCAUGGACGCUUUUGAGUAUGUGGACUGUGGGACCAACACCACUGUGUCACACAUCAUGCAGGACACUUCACUUUGUAGCUGGGGCUCUAAGAAAGGGUCAGCACUGUCACUACUGUGUAAGACACCUCUUUAGACAUGUUCCUGCUUUCUGCUUUGCUCAUUUCUCUAUUGAACAUGCUGUUUAAAAGGGAAUUUCAUUUCCACUCAAACAUUUCAGUCCCACCCCCCCGUAUUUUCUGUGCCAUUUUUUAGCAUGGCUCUUGGAAAGGAUAUAACCUAAAGUGAACUGUGAAAUGAUUCUGACAUUAUAACUGUGCCGUUAUCUGUUAGCACCGUAUUGCCAGUAAUACUUACAGAUACUAUAUGAAUGUUGAUUAAUACACUAGUAUUCACAGAUCUAAAAAUCAUGUUGUGUGUAUAUGUAUGUAUAUACUGUAUAUACAGUGUGUGUGUGUGUGCGCGCGCGCAUAUAUAUAUAAUUUAGCAUGGAAUUUUGCUAUCCACCUAGAUGAUGUAUGUUCAUAAGUAUAUAAUAGUGUAUGUCCUCUGUCACAAUUUCACUGUCUUCAUGGGAUAUUUUGUUGAAUCCUCACAACAACUGUCACGAAGCUGAUACCUUGUUUUCCUGUGUCAGA